AUGGCUGGCGAACGGGAAACCAUCAACCUCGACACCCUCGAGCCACAGCAGCUGGCGCAGGUCAAGAAGCAGCUCGACGAAGAACUCGAGCACCUGACCUCGUCCUACGCACAGCUCCACGGGGCCCAAAACAAAUUCAAGGAUUGUCUACGAUGUGUUAAUACUCGAUCUGCUGCGACCGACGCUUCAAACUCGGUUCUUGUUCCUUUAACCAACUCAUUAUAUGUCAAGGGAGAAUUGUCCAAUACAGAGUCUGUCUUGGUUGACGUGGGAACUGGUUUCCUCAUCGAGAAGAAGUUAAAGGCGGCGGAGCAAUUCUAUGACGACAAAGUGCAAGAGCUGGGCCACAAUUUGAAAGAUCUGGAAGCAAUUGUGCAGCGCAAACAGAACAAUGUUAGAGCAGUAGAGGAAGUUUUGCGGCAAAAGAUCAUGGCUGCCCAGGGAGCUAACUCAUGA